GGGUCAGGCGGCCGGUGCGUCGUUACUUCCGGGUGAGCAGAUGUAAACAGAGGCAGCCGAGACAGAAACCAUGACCAAACUGGAGCUGCUGAACGUGUUCCUGAACGACAGGCUGACCGCCGCCGCCGAGGACAUCUUCCGGGCCAUCCGCGACACCGUGGCCGAGUACCAGAGCGAGAUCCUGCGGUCCAAGGAGGAGAACGAGCGGCUGAGGAGGCUGCUCAAUGUGGCCGUGCAGAGGCUGCUGCUGCAGACAGAGCCGGCGUCUGUCCAGCCGCCAGAGGACGCUCCGCCCUGCGAGCCUUCAUGGAGAGCCGGCGUGGAGCUGCUGUCGCCGUCACAGAUCAAAGAGGAGCCGGAGCUCAGGGACAUUCAGUGCGACCUCCGUCAUGAAGGGAGAACCUCGGCGUCUCUGGCGGAGGGCAGCGGCGUUCAGGCCGAGCCGCCACAGAGGUCACACCCUCCCCCGACACAAACUGUGUGUAACAGAGAGAGCGCCUCCCCUCUCCCUGUAGCCUCCCAGGACAUCAAGACAGAGAGCGGCGGAACGGCCGAAAGGAAACACCAACCAGGCGGCGGCUUACCGUCCUCGCUGACUGUUUACUCAAACUCCAGAGCGUCUCAGAGCGCCUCGUGUGCAGAGGCAGCGCACAGCGACGGGCCUCAGGACAGACAGAACACCCCAGGAUCAGAGGAACAGACAAACGCAAAGCAAGGCACACAUCUGCUGCGGAUCAAGGCCGUGCGUUCGGUGAAGCCGGCGCUGCCGCGGCCGCCCCACCCGGCCCAGAGCGUGCAGAAGUGGCACUGCUGUAAAGAGUGCGGCAAGGGCUUCAGCUUCGCCUGCCAGCUGGAGGUGCACAUGCGCUGGCACACGAAGGAGAAGCCGUACGGCUGCGCCGUGUGCCGCAAGAGCUUCACCACGGUCAGCAUGCUGAAGAGGCACCACCGCAUCCACACCGGGGAGAAACCGUUCCGCUGCCACAUCUGCGGGAAGUGCUUCAACCAGUCGGCCCACCUCAACACACACUUCAGGCUGCACAGCGGGGAGAGGGCGUGCUGGGGCCGGGCGCCGCACCGCAAGUGAAGGAUGCUGGGGGACAUCCUCAUGUAAAGUCACACUCUGAAGUUGACUUUCCAGUUCAGUGUACGUCGUUUGUGUCCUCUGUGUCUCUGUGAGUUUUGUUGUGCAAUAAAGUUGUGGUGCAGUACGGAUUUGUGCUGUGAACUGUU